UUUUCAAAUACAAGUCACCGUCAAAAGCCAAAGUCACUUUUACAGUUUUCACAUUGACCUUUGAACUUCAUGGCCGGAAGUGGAAACCACGCGCCGGCGAUCGGCAUCGAUCUAGGAACAACGUACUCAUGCGUCGCCGUUUGGAAGCAUAAUCGGAUCGAGAUCAUACCUAAUGAUCAAGGCAACCGAACCACACCUUCUUCCGUUGCUUUCGUUGACGAAGAGCGUCUGAUCGGUGAUGGCGCCAAAAAUCAAGCACCAAUGAACCCUGCGAACACCAUUUUUGAUGCAAAGAGAUUGAUUGGGAGGAGAUUCAGUGAUUCCAAAGUACAGGAGGAUAUCAAGUUGUGGCCUUUUAAGAUCAUACAAGGGCCUGCCGACACACCAAAGAUUGUCGUCACUUACAAAGGUAAAGAGAAGAAGUUUUCGGCUGAGGAAAUUUCUUCAAUGGUCCUUGGAAAGAUGAAAGAAACUGCUGAGGCGUAUCUUGGGAAAGUUGUGAAAAAUGCUGUGAUAACGGUUCCUGCUUAUUUCAAUGAUUCACAGCGUCAGGCUACCAAGGAUGCUGGUACUAUUGCUGGAUUAAAUGUCAUUCGUAUGAUCAAUGAGCCUACAGCUGCUGCAAUCGCGUAUGGACUCGACAAUCAGUCUGAUAUUGUUGGCAAGAUAAACGUGCUUGUUUUUGAUCUAGGUGGUGGCACUUUUGAUGUUUCUCUAAUGACUAUUGAGGGAGGAGGUAUAUUUGAGGUCAAAGCUGUCGCUGGUGACACUCAUUUGGGAGGUGAGGAUUUUGAUAAUCGAAUGGUGGAUCACUGUGUGCAAGAAUUCAAGAUGAGAUGGAAUAAGGACUUAAGUGGGAACCAAAGAGCUCUGGGCAGGUUGAGAUUUGCUUGUGAGAAAGCGAAAAGAAUUCUCUCAUGUACUACUCAUACAUCUGUUGAAUUGGAUUGCUUGCAUGAGGGGAUCGAUUUUUCUUUGAAAAUUACUCGAGCUAAAUUUGAAAAUCUGAACAUGGGUUCGUUUAAUAAGUGCAUUGAGACUUUGAAGACAUGUUUAGGUGAUGCUAAGAUGAAGAAAUCAUGUGUAGAACAAGUGAUUCUUGUUGGUGGCUCAACCAGGAUACCAAAGGUCCAACAUAUGCUACAAGAGUUUUUUGAUGGCAGAGAGUUAUGCAAGAGUGUGAACCCUGAUGAGGCUGUUGCAUAUGGUGCAGCCAUAAUGGCUGCAAAGGUAAGUGGUAGCAAUGAUAAGGGUGUUCAAAAUCUGGUGCUACGUGAGGUCACUCCUUUAUCACUCGGUGUAGAAGUGCGAGGAGAAGUAUUAGAUAUUGUGAUCCCAAGAAACACUCCAAUACCUACUAGUAGAUCCAAACAAUACUAUACAAUCUGUGAUAACCAAUCUGUCAUCACUACCAAGGUGUAUCAAGGUGAAAGAUCUAAAUCCACAGAUAACCAUUUGUUGGGCACGUUCAGCAUUUAUGGAAUACCACCUGCUCCCAAAGGAGCGCCUUCAAGUAUGAAAUGUUUUGAUAUAGAUGCCAAUGGUAUCCUCACAGUCACAGCUGCUAUAUCCACCGGUAAGAUGGAGAAACUCAUAAUAUCCAAUGAAAGUGGAAGGCUCUCCAAAGAAGAGAUUGAGAAGAUGGUAAAUGAUGCUGAGAAGUAUAGACUUGAGGACCAAGAGUUCAAGAAGAAAGCAGAAGCACGCAAUGCAUUAGAGGAUUGCAUAUACAACAUGAAGAAUAAAAUCGUAGAGCACAGUGUCAAGAAGCGUGUGCAACCUGAUAUCUUGAAGCAAAUGGAGAAAGCCAUUGCUGAAACGACCAAGUGGCUCAAGGACAACCAAGGUGCACCUUUUACUAUGCUUCACCUUACGAAGGUACACCUAGAGUUUGUUUGCAAGCCACUGUUUUAGGUCUUAAGAAUAUAUUAGAAUCUAAAAUUGUGUUUAUCCUUUUGUUCCACUUAAUAUGACAUCAAUAUCCACGGCUGUUGAAUAUUUUAAUCUAAGUAAGUGGAUACCUCUCUGUGGGUUGAUUUAUGCUUAGGGUUCUACUUUUGCUAUGACUCUUAUGUAUGGAUAUUAAAUAGUUCAGUAUUUGAAGGUAACAUCUUUUCAUA